UUCAGACAGUUUUUAAAUCUCCACGUGUAUUGAGUCCCUCAAGAAUGUUUUACUUCUUGCCUAAUUUUCGACAAAAGGUUAUUUGUAACAAUAGUCCGUUUAUUAUACAAAAUAUUGCAUGGUAGAGUGUUUUGUGGAUGGUUGACCGGUGGGAGGUGGAAUGGCAACCGGAACCCCCCUCUCCCUCCGCUAUCAUAGUGACCAGCUCAACAACAAGGUGGUUUCUAUGAUGCGAGAGUUUUACCUGACCGGGGAGUUCUGUGAUGUGGUUCUGCAUGUCGGCAGUCUCACCAUUCACGCCCAUCGAACCGUACUGGCCGCAUUUAGCCCAUACUUCAGAGACCUGUUCCAUCAGCCAUCAAACAAACACAAGACGGACAUCAUGCUGGGAAACCAACUGCGUGAUGAGUCGGUCCGUCAACUCAUCGACUUCUGUUACUCAAGCAACAUCACUGUGGACUCGCAGUCGGCCGAUAAGAUUCUCACGGCAGCAAACAUCCUGCAGAUCAAGGAGAUUGAGAAGUUGUGUAUCACCUUCCUGGCCGCGCAACAAGCCCUCAAGUCAGAGGCGAUACAACCACCCCCUCCCCCGACCAUAUUUGUUCCGGCCACAUCAGCAACGAUUACCAACUUCUCUCCAAGCCAGACGAAGAACCGCAGUGACAGUCGGGAACUAGCUUGUGCCGACACGUCGGGUAUUGGGAGCAGCAACAACAGUCCUCGUCAGUCAUCUCGCCCGAGUUCUGUGCCAAGUGGGAAUGGCUCAGUGAUCACACAGCCCCAUGAAGAACAGGACGUGGAAGUCCUUGAUGUAAAGAAAGAACUGGAUGAUCAGCCCUCUGUUUCCGAGCAGCCAAUGUUUCCAGCCAGCAGUUCUUACACCUGGGGGAGAGCUGGCCCUUCCGGCUUCGACAGUUUUCGAUCUAACAUGCCAAGUUUCCCAGGGUUCCUGUUCCCGCCACUGACCAGUGCCUUUCCCUUGCCUGUUACCUCUGCGGUUCAGCACCAGCUCCUGAUGAAGGCCCUCACCAACAAGACGCCCACUUUGGGCACCAGCAUCAGGGGCGAGCCGCUUGAGACGGGGGAAAUCUAUUCAGGUAAAUAUGCUAUCUCUGGUCACGUGAAGGAGGAGAGUGGAGGCAUGCAGUCUGAGGGAGAGGACAGCAGUCACACAGAUACCCUCCAGUGUCACAUUUGCCUUAAACAAUUUGAAACUAGCACAGCUCUCAAAAGCCAUGUCUUGUCAGAGCACAAGGAUAACCUCAUAUCACCUGCUCUCUCUCCUUACAAAAUGAUAUCGCCGGUCAGGAAGCUGUCAUCUGAUACCACUCUUAGCCAAGCCAACGUCCUUCAAAACUUGCAGAAUCAAAAAGACAGUGGUGAAAGCUACACUGGAAGCAACAUGUGUGGCACGUGCGGAAAGUCCUUUAGGGAUCCACAGUCUUUGAAGUUUCACCGCUACAAUCAUGUGCUGAGGUAUCAAUGUAAUUACUGUGGGAAGCGAUUCUCGCGAAGUUGGAAUCUGCAUCGACAUCGGAAGACCCAUGUUCGUCAACUGCAGGAAGCUGGGAUGGGGCCGGGGGCAGAUGAUAUUUCUCCGAUUGAUGUCGAUUCUGAAUCGGGAAGCGGAAAUGGAAAUCAGACGACACCGACGUAUGACAUGGAAAAGGAUCUGAUUUUGUCGUCGCCUUAUGCGGAUUAUCGCAAUCAUAGACAUGAUAUGAUGCCCUUUGCUUUUGAUUUACGUAAAACGGGUAGCUCUAGCACCUACGGCAUGGAAGGCGGUGACAUGGACAGACAGACUGACGGGCAGGCCGAGAAAGAGAGUGACAAUGAUAUUGAGCAAUCGGAAACUCCUCCUGAGGACACGGAGAAAUCUGAAUAAUAAAGGCAGUUUUAUUGUUGUUAGAGUCCGGAAAACCUUCAAAUCAUGCUGUUAAUUUUUUAUAUGUCUGUGAUUGUUGACGUUGUUAUUAAUAGUGAUCCGUGGAAAAAUAUUUAAAAAGUAGAUAAAAAUGAGAACAUCUUAAGUUAAUAUUAGAGAUGGCUUGAUCAAAUAAAGUUGAACUAUUUCUUUGGUUUAAACCUUGGUAUAACUAUUUAUUUAUUUUUUAUUGUAUGAUAUUUUAAAGAUUUUUUUCACAAUUUUUUCCCACUUUUAAUCAAUCAUGUGAAAAGUAUUUCGGUAAAACUAAAAAACUAUUUUUAGAAUAAUUCCAAAAAAUUCUUUAAUGUUGGAGCACAAUAGCAAAGAAUGGUUAUAAGUGUGAUUUUUACAUCACUAUAAGGUGCAAUAAAAAUGACCUUGAUUUGAAGGUUGAUCUGAUUUGAGGUACAUGUGUACGGAACAUGGUUAAAAUAAGUUAUUAUGUAUUAUUGUUAUUGCUUUUGUUACUAUACUUGGGUUAUAUACUAUAGUUAUUGUUAUCAUAUGUGAUACGUUAUUUGUUUUAACAACAUGUAUAUUAUGUUGAGUUUAAAUAUUGUUUGCUUUAUAUUCAAGUUUAAAGAUGAGCUCAGAAAGAUUUGAGAUUUCUGGGUUUACUUUGUUUUUUCAUAGUUUGUUAUGAACAGUAGUUUAAACAUACUGACUUGUGAGCCAUAAGAUUAUAAUGUGGGGUACCGGGUAGCUUUAAAAUUGUAUUUUGGGGGUUGCGCAUCCAUCCCUUGUUGAUUCAAAGUUGACUAUUAUUGUUAGUUGCAAUCCCUUAUGAUUCAAAAUGGACAAAUAUUGUUAGAUGCUAUCCCUAGUUGAUUCAAAGUGGACAAGACUUAGUAUUGUUAGUUGCAAUCCCUUAUGAUUCAAAAUGGACAAAUAUUGUUAGAUGCUAUCCCUAGUUGAUUCAAAGUGGACAAGACUUAGUAUUGUUAGUUGCAAUCCCUUAUGAUUCAAAAUGGACAAAUAUUGUUAGAUGCUAUCCCUAGUUGAUUCAAAGUGGACAAGACUUAGUAUUGUUAGUUGCAAUCCCUUAUGAUUCAAAAUGGACAAAUAUUGUUAGAUGCUAUCCCUAGUUGAUUCAAAGUGGACAAGACUUAGUAUUGUUAGUUGCAAUCCCUUAUGAUUCAAAAUGGACAAAUAUUGUUAGAUGCUAUCCCUAGUUGAUUCAAAGUGGACAAGACUUAGUAUUGUUAGUUGCUAUCCCUUAUGAUUCAAAAUGGCCAUGAAUUGAUAGAUGCUAUCCAUGGUUGACUCAAAAUAGACAAGUAUUGUUAGAUGCUGUCUCUUAUGGUUCAAAAUAGAGAAGUAUUGUUAGAUGCCAUCUGUGGUUGAUUCAAAAUUGACAAGUAUUGUUAGUUGACACGCCUAGUUGAUUCAAAAUGGACAAGUAUUGUUAGAUGUUAUCCCUAGUUGAAUCAAAAUGGACAACUUUUGUUAGUUGCCAUCCCUAGUUGAUUCUAAAUGGACAACUUUUAUUAGUUGCCAUCCCUAGUUGAAUCAAAAUGGACAACUAUUGUUAGUUGCCAUCCCUAGUUGAAUAAAAAAUCGGGCUCCCAUUUCAAAGGGCAUCGCAAGUCAGUAUAGUUGAACUCUACACCUAAUACCACUGUAUUUUUCACCUUUGCAAUGAUCAAAGUGCAUAUUUUGUUAUAGAAUUGUUAUACUGUACAGGUAUUGUUAAGUUUUGAUUUUGGUAUACUUCAUCUGUUAUUGUUUGAAAUUACCAUACGAGACUACAUCAUUCUUUGCUAAAAUACAAAACCCAUACAUCUCCUGUGUAAUAGUUCACUCUCUUAGACAAUUCUGUGCAAAGCUCAGAGUGUAUUAUCUGUCAUUAUCAUAAUAAGUGCUAAAUGGUUUUCAAUUGUGUAGAUGUUACAAUCAUACUGGUUUAGGGCAAAUCGUAUUGUAUAUUACAUAUACAUCAUAAGCACAAACACAGACUGUUUCUAAAACAUUGUUUUAUCCUCUAAUGAGGAUUAUUAUCAUGUUUAUUUCAAUACAUGUGAUUUGGAAAUUAACAAGUUAUCUGCAGUUAGCAGAAAUGGGUCUGGUCUGGGAGUAAGAUACAUGUAUCAUUGGUCCCAGGUCUGGUAUAAAAUUAAAUAUUUUUCGGUUUUAUGCAUAAAAUAAAAUAAGGAAAUGUAAAUUAUCUGUUAUAUAAGUAUCCAUGACCUUUAAUACACAUCACACCAUGGAAACUGCAGUUCUAUUUUAAAAGUAUCAAUAAAUUAUGGCGUCAGAUUGAUUUUGAAUUAUGACACGUUUACUAUUAUAUAUAUAGAGCCAGAAAUAUAUUUACGAAUGUAUUAAAGAAUGAGCAUAAUUGGUGCAAGGGUCUCUCUAUGUAUGGGCUGUAAUUACAAGGUCCUUGAUAAUCUAUAAAUAGUAUUUAUUAUAUCUAUUGUUAAAUCUUUUAAUGAGUUUAUGAUUUUGAUCUGUAAUUAUCCUGUUUUAAAGGCACUUGGUCAGAGAUUUUAUGUUGACAACAUUAAAUUUUUUUAAUUUGUGUUAAUUAAGUGUUUUAUUUAACUUAAUAUUAUGAACAAACAGCAACUGGCUGAUAAUUUAUUUCAACAGAAUAAACAAAGUCAAACAUAGUCAUUCACUUUAAAAAAGUGUUAUAAAUGCUUUUUGGCAAAACAAAUAAUUCUGUAAUAUUUUUUCAGGAUUGUAAACUUUGGAGUUUUUAUUUCUGACUUUUGGUGAUGUUUCAUUAUUUUUAGUAGCAGUUUGUUUAAAAAUGUGUUGUCUGAACCAUUGCAAUUUGAACAAGUCCCUUUAAGUCAGUUAAGAGGCAAAAGGUACUGUUUGAGGAGCAAUAGGAAACUAGUAAUUACUGAUGUGGUAUAUUUAUAAUCACAUUGUUAUUUCAUUUAAAGCUACACUCUCACAGAUUGAACGUUUCAACAAUUUUUUAUUUUUUGUCUUGGAACGAGCCAAUUUUUGCGAAAAUCCAUGGAAACCUAUUAUAUAAGACUACUGACAAAAAAUUUGAUCGAAGAUUAUUAUAUUUAAGUUAAAAAAUUGAAGUUUUAUGCAUUUUCUUAAACCGUUAGUAAUAGUUUAAGCCAUAAAACAUUAAUUUUCGAACGGAAAUAUGAAAAUCUGCAAUCUGAUUUUUUGUCAUCAAUCUUUUAUCAUUGGUUUGCAGAUAUUAACGCAAAAAUUUGCUCUUUCUAAGACAAAAAAAGUUAUAAAAUGGUCAAUCUGUGAGAGUGCAGCUUUAAAAGCUCAUAUUCAUUUGUUGUUUAUAUACGUGAUUCUCAUAUUUACUGACAUUACGGAUAUUACCCAUAACUGUCUUUCAUUUGUUGACAAAUGUGUAUAUCAUUUUUUUCAAUAACUUUUGACAUGAAAUUAUAUUUAUAUCUGUACAUAGUAUUUAGUUACAUUUUAGAUCAAAUAUUUAUAUGCUAUACAUUUUUCAAUGAAGCUGGCUUGUCUGUAAUAGAAAUGUACUAAUCUCGGUUCACAGAACAAAUAUAUAUACAUAAAUAUGGCAAUUUGCUGAUUAGAUAAAAAAAAAAAAGAUACAUGUUAUUGUUUGAAGGUAAAGGAUUUUAAAGUGACCUUAGUGAUCAUUAUUUAGCACUAGACUGAAUUUCUGUAUUUUUAAAUAUUGAAAAUUAUACAAACCAGAAAUAAUAAAAUCACAAUUUUAUCGAAAAUGCUAUAACUGGAUUUUUGCUUCUUGGCUAGCGCGAAUUUUAAUUACUGUUACCUUAGUUCCAGGACAUGGUUGUUUUACUUUCCUAUUCCUGGGAAUAUAUACUUGAAAGUUUACAUGAAGAAAUUAUAAGAUGAUUUAAAUUUUAUUUAUGUCUUAAAAAUCAUGUCAUGGUAUUAUUUCAAAAAUAAAAGAUUACCGUACAACGAAUUGAACUUCCCAUGGUCAGGACUUUUUAAGUUGUAAGACAUUCCCAAUGCUAAAACAUUAUAUUUUUCCCCAAAAGUGAAAAUGAAAUCUCAUUUUUAUGUUUUUUAUUUUAAAGAAAUAAGAUAAAGAAUUGGUCCAAACUAUUUUAGUAUGGAAUAGUUGGUGUUAAACAACAACUUACUAUCAUCUUUUCUGCCUAUUUUAAAGCAAGAAAAAAUAUCAAUGGUUAUUAUUGAGGGCAAUCGUAAUCGAAUUUAACGUCAUGUCAAAUAGUAUAUAAUUGUGAACGGAGUGUUACAAACAAGCCAGCGAAGUUGCUUAGUGUUUAAGGGAAGUUUGGAAGCCUGGAAGGCUGGGACAGAACGGGUAUUGUUGUUUUGUUUGCAAACAAACAUUGUGAUAGACUGAUCUGUUAUUAAUGAUGAGAGUGUGUCCUGAAAUGUUCUAAUUUGUGCAAAAUAUCUCGGGGGCAGUUUGAUAAUUAACAAGAACUGUGGAUCACCGAGUACUUAAGAGUUAUGGCCCCUGUUCAACAGUAUCUAGACUCAAGGCUCCAUAUUGACAAACAUCUUAAGUCUGAGUUUCAGACCCGGGCUCAGAAAACAGAAUUGUUAAAUGUUUCAAAAUAUCUAGGAUUUAACUCAUUUUGACUAAAGAGCCUGUGAACUGAUUACCAGUAGUUUUGACAGAAACAGGGAUUUUUUACCAUCUUUGCCUCUGUGUCAUAACAUUUUACAACAAAAUUAAGAUCUUGCUUUUAAACCAUUCAAAAGACCAAGAUGCUAUCAAGUUAUUGAUCGUAUUUUAACCAUGCAUUCAAGGCAACCAGUAUCAAAGUUUAAUGCCGGAAAUUUGAUCAUUCCGUUUGGGAUAUGAUUGCAAUAUGAACAUUUCACGGCACAUUAGUUGUUUUGAUUGUAGCAAGCGUUGUACUGCUCGUGUAAGUAGUUUAAACAAAAUAAAAAGAGCCCUUUUCUUGCAUAUAAUUGUAAUACAUUUUCAUAAUCAUCUGUUUUGUUUUUAAUUUGGAAAACUGAUUAUUUCGAAAAUGAAUUGAAGUGUAGAAGAUACUGAUUUCAUACAACAUAUUUUGUUCAGCAUAUCAUUUUUACUUACAUUAAACUGUUAAUAUUUACAUCUCAGCCAUGGCCUUUUGCAUGUUAGUAUUAAAAUGAAAAAAAAAUCCUAUAUAUUACAUAUUUUUCAUUUUAAUUCAUGCACUAGAAAUUGAACCCAAAUUUUUUAUGUAAUAAAGUUAUGGAUUUAUUCAUUGAUAAUUAAGAAUAAUAAUUGACAAUUAUACAUAAACAUGCAACUUGAUUUAAGGAAUAUUUGUAUAAUAAUUGUUAAUCAAAAUAAUGAUUAGAAAAAAAGUGAACAUAAUACAUAAAAAUAUUCUUGGAUUUCGCGAAAUAUUUUAUUAAGCUUAACCGGUUAAAGUAUCAUUUUACAUUUUGCCAAUUAACUUGCUUAAUCAUUAUUUUAUACACCUUUAAAAGUCGCAAAACUCUUUCAUUAAAGAAGAAAUUACACUUGUGAUACCAAAAAUAAUUAUUUAGCUAAGCUUGAUCCUGUUAAAUAGGGUUUAAGAUUGUGCGAGAAAUCGGGCACGGUGUGUGCUAAAGAUAUGUUAGUUUUGUUACGUUCUGAAAAUACUGUUUUGUUAUUCUUUAUUUAUUAAUUUAUCUUUACACUGUGUCUGUUUUUGAUCAGUUGUGAUUUUUUGAAAAUAAUUUAUUGACUGUAAAUACUUAUUUUACAAAAAAACCAACAAUAUUAAUAUAAAUCCUGUUUUUAUUUAUUUGUUAAGCAAAGGGAAAGUGCAUUAUAACUGAAGUAUUCCUUAUUUUUUCACUUCUUGUAUUGUAAAUAAUAAUUUGGUUAAGUUUUUAGUUUGUACGAUCUAAUGACUGUUGACCACGCAUAGAUUGUUCUAAAAAACUAAUGGCUAUUACACACAUAUAUUUUGUAAGAUCUUAUGGCUGUUACACACGUUCAGUUUGUACGACUAAUGGCUGUUAUACACAUAUAGUUUGUACGAUCUAAUGGCUGUUACACGCGUAUAGAUUCUAUGAUCUAAAGGCUGUUACACACAUAUAGAUUCUAUGAUCUAAUGGCUGUUACACACGUAUAAGUUGUAAGAUUUAAUGGCUGUUACACACAUAUAGUUUGUACGAUCUAAUGGCUGUUACACACGUCAAGAUUCUAUGAUCUAAUGGCUGUUACACACGUAUAAGUUGUAAAAUCUAAUGGCUGUUACACACGUAUAGUUUGUACAAUCUAAUGGCUAUUGAACACGUAUCGUUCGUAAGAUCUAAUAGGUGUUACACACAUAUAGUUUGUACUAUGUUAGUAAGAGCACAUCUCAUAAACUGUACAGGUAUCAAAUUUUAAUUCAAUUCAGAGAUAAAACAGAGAUAAAACGAAGAUAAUUUUUCUUGAGCUUGCAUAUUAAUGAACAUACUUCUUUCAUAGAAAUUGCUAUCUUAUAUUUAAAUUACAUAUAUAAUUUUUUCUAAAAAAAGUCAAUGUAUACUUCUACCGUACUGCGCACAUAAGGGACUCGUUCACAGAUUUUGCAACGCCAAUAUGUUUUUAAUCAUACAUGUACUUAUAAUCAAACAGCAUCAGUGGCACAAGUCAUACUCUUUUCAACAGAAUUGUGUAAAUAAAAGUCUAAAAUCAUUAAAAUUUCUAUAUCUUUUUUGGAAAAAUUGAGUUCCUGACACAUUUUGAAAUAGUCUAUGAUUUAUAGAUUAGCUCUGAUAUGAACUUAUUUAUCAUGUUUGAUUAUUGAUACAAGCAUUUUGGUUACAUUUCACUCCAAAUUAUUUUGUUUGCUGUUUGCUGACCCUAUUAAACAUGAACGAGUCCUUUGAAAGCACUUUUUUCAGCUAGUAUCAAUCAUAGUGUUUUUUUGUCAUUUUCAUCAAACAUUUUAUGAAAGAUUACUUAGAUAGACAGUAGAAUUAUUUAGAUCUGCAUAAUUUGGAAAAAUAAGGAAAUCUGCUAUGUAUUAUGGUAUAAAUCACAUAUAAUUUGAUUUGCUUGUUACAUUUUCAAAGCUUGUUACAUUUUCAAAGAACUGUCUUCUGUUAUCUUUAAACUAUAAUCCUAAUUUAUGUACUUAAUUUUGCGUUUGUUUGAAUCAGAUUUGUAAUAUUUUGGUAAAAUAAUUCAGACUGUUUUAGAAUUUUAGUUAAUUUGUUGCAUAAUAUGGGUUUAUUCUUUAAAGCUACUCCAACAGCCUAUAAAGGAAACUUUCAAUGUAUUACAAUUUUAAUUUAAAAUUUUCUUAACCCGUAUAAAAAAUUAUACAAAUAUUAAACAUCAUCAUUGUUUUGUAUAUAGAGUUUUUCACCUUUUCAGUCAACUAAGUCUGGCAUGUUGAUAACUUGUUAAUGAUAUGUUAACAACUUGUCAAUAAUGUUAUAACUUUAUAUCUCGUAUUUACGGCUUAAUUUGAUAGCAAAAGUUAUUGAUUCUUAACGAUUUUUGUUGGACUAUCAUUAUGAAAUGAUGCUAAAUUUUAGCUGUGCCAAUAAUGUUGAAAUUUAACAAGAAAUUAUGCCACCCUGAGCCAAUAAUGUUGAAAUGUAAUGAGAAAUUAUGCUAACAUGAGCAACUGUUUUUGAAUAUGAAAUGAUACUAAUAUGAGCAAUUGUUGUUUGAAUACCAUUCAGACUAAUUUGAACCAUUAUUGUUAGAAUGAUACUAAACAGUCCUUAUUAUUGGAAUUUUAUAAAGAAUGAUGCUAAACUGAGCCAUUGUUGUUGAAAUAUCAUAAAGUCUAUCUGGUGUUGAAUCAAUAAAAUUCUACAUUGUGACAGGGUAUCACUCUUGUAGAAGGAAAA